AUGUCAACAAAUCCAAAGGCUGUUGACGAAAGAUUCGAGUUGAAUCAUACGUUAACGGAUGAAAAGAAAGAAAUCUAUGAACACGAAAAUACAAGUCAGGUUGCUGUAGACCCUGCCACUUUAGCGCAUCAGUUUGUUGAAGAAUAUCAGUUCACCUGGCGUGCUUCCAUCGUUGGUUCUUUACUUGGUUGCUUAGUUGCUGCAUCCAAUACAUAUCUCGGUCUAAAGAUCGGCUGGACGUUUGGUGCUUCUUUAUUUGGCGCCAUAUUCUCUUUUGCGAUCAUCAAGCCUCUUUCAAAGGCACUUCCUCCUAAAUGGGGUGGAGGAUACUUUGGUCCUAAAGAAAACUGUACUGCUCAAUCUGCAGCCACUACAGCUGGUGGUCUCUCUGCUGGCUUCGUGUCCGGUAUUCCUGCAAUGUAUAAAUUAGGUCUGAUGACAACUCCUAGAGGAGACGCUGCAGGCCUUGUCUUGUUUACUAUCUCUGCUGCCUUUUACGGUCUUUUCUUUGCUGUUCCUCUUCGUAAACACUUUGUUGUUAAGCAAGACUUGACUUUCCCUACUCCUCGCGCAGCUGCAGUUACCAUUUUGUCUUUACAUGAUACAGCUGAUGGGGAGCGAGAGGCAAUGAAGAAAGCUAUCUGGAUGGGUAUCUGGUUUGUUAUUUGUUUCCUCUGGAGUUUGAUCUCCUAUUUCAUUCCAUUCUUUGAUACAGUGCAUAUCCUUUACUACAUUGGCCAUGCUGCAAACUACACCCCUCUGAUGAGCGCCGAUGUUGACUGGGGAUGGAACUUCAAGUGGGACUUUCCCUUCUUUGGCGCUGGUCUCAUGACGCCUGGCUCUACCGUGCUUUCUUUCUUUUUUGGCACUCUCUUUGUGUACGGUAUUAUUGGUCCCUGUUUGGUUGGAACAGGAGAAUUCGUUGCCCCUAUGGGAUUUAACGCCAAGGGUGACACGACCAACCGAUUCUUUUUGUGGCCUGGUAUUGCUCUAAUGACCAUCACUGCCUUCACCGAACUCCUCAUCCAUUACCAGUCACUCUGGCGUGGUAUCAAGGGUGGCGUUCUUGAAAUACGAUCUGCCGUCAUGCGUGAGGGAGAGAUAAACAAGUACAAGGAUGUGACUGAUACAAACGAAAUCUACAAGCCUGAAGAGCUGAUCCCUGCCUCCUGGUGGGUCUCUGGCACGCUGGUCUCGGUCAUCUUUACGUGUGCUAUUAUGGGUCGAUACUUUGGUAUGCCUGUAUAUCAGUCCAUUAUUGCCAUCAUUCUCGGUUUCUUGUUCUCUUUUGUGGGUAUCCAGGCCUCAGGUGAAACGGAUAUCAAUCCUGUAGGAUCCAUCGGUAAGAUGUCUCAGCUUGUGUUUGCCAAGAUGCCAGCCGACAGUCUCAAGGCGAUGAUGAAGAACAACUUGAUGGCAGGUAACAUCUCUGCUUCGGCUGCCUCUCAGGCUGUAGAUAUGGUCGGUGACCUAAAGACAGGCCAACUCGUCGGCGCUUCUCCUCGCUCUCAAUUCUGGGCUCAGUUUGUCGCUUCCUUCUUUGCCAUUGCCAUUGGCGUUGGUCUCUUUAUUCUCUUUGCAGAUGCUUAUCCUUGCAUCAUUUCUCAAAACCUCGAUGACAAGUGUGAAUUUGGUCUCGUCGCUGUCAAGGCAUGGGCCAAUGUCGCCAAACUCCUCACAGGUGCAGCUGAACCUCUCAGUCGAAACUCAAUGAUCACGACCAUUAUUUGUGCUAUUGCCGGUGUUAUCUUUCCCUUGGUUCGUCAUUUCUUUGUACCUCAAAAGUACCACAGAUUCUACCCCUCAGUCAGUGCAGUUGGUAUUGCCAUGGUCAAUACUUCUCCUGAGGUGCCUAUCGCUAUGCUUAUUGGCUGGAUUUCUGGUAAAAUCUGGAAGCGCCUCAGAAGCACUGCCUACGAUAACCUCAUGUACAGCGUUGCUGCUGGUAUGAUUGCUGGUCAAGGUAUCUCCGCUAUCCUUCAGGCCGUUUUCAAGAUUGCUAAUGUAAAAGGCUCCGUCGUAACCUUUUCUUGCCCUGAAGGCGAAUGUUAAUCUAUCUACAUAUAUACAUAUACUACUAAUAAUAAUGUAAUAUCUUUUCACACGUAUAUCAUGAAUAAAUUUAUUCUACAGUGCUCAUAAUGCAUUCAUAACACUUGUUUUCUCUCUCUCUCUCUCUCUUUU